GCUCACCGGAAGUACACUGUGUUCCAGAAAAAUCAGUCCGCUCGGCGACCCAAUCAGACCACUCUGUUUCUUUCUUUCUCUCUUUUCUUUUUUUUUUUUCAUGGUUCAUGGUUCCGCCUGCAGGUUUCACUUCGCACUGAACUGCGACGUUGGUUUGAAUCCCAGCCAAUCAGGUGCGAGCUCGCAGGCAGCACUUCCGCAGUGUUUUCAUUAUUUCACCACCAGCAGCAACAGCAGCAGCAGCAGCACGUCUCUAAUCACUGAUCCGCCUGCACGUCUGCAUGUCGGGACUUGGAUCUAAGUGACACGAUGGCAGAAAGACAGAUCCUCUGAUCAGGGAAAAACAACAACAAACAACAACAACAACAACAAACAAGCCAAAAGUGAGAUCAGGAGCCACUGGAUACUCGAUUAGGGUGAAGAUGCCGAUCGACAGGCAGCGGAUGCGUCCAUGGCUCGAGGAGCAGAUAAACAGCGGUAAAAUCCAAGGCCUGAUCUGGGUUAAUAAGGAGGAAAAGAUAUUCCAGAUCCCGUGGAUACACGCUGCCCGGCAUGGCUGGGAAUUGGAUAAAGACGCUCCGCUCUUUAUGAACUGGGCCAUUCACACAGGAAAAUACCAUCCUGGAGUAGACAAACCUGACCCGAAGACAUGGAAGGCAAACUUCCGCUGUGCCAUGAACUCCUUGCCGGACAUAGAGGAAGUAAAAGACAAGAGUAUGAAAAGUGGAAGCAAUGCAUUCAGGAUGUAUCGCAUGCUGUCUCCAUCAGAAAGAGCAGCCAAGAAAGCAAAGAAGAAAAAGAUGGAACGGGAGGCGAAAGCAAAAGGCCCUGUACAGAGACGGAAAGCUAAGAACAGCGAGCCGGAGAAAGAGUCGGAGUCGCAGUCGAAGGAAGACACGCUGCCGGACAGCACGGUUUUAUCAACGGAACCUGAUCAAAGCCCGGAUCUCAGUUCGCCGAGUAAGACGACAGUAGGCUAUCUGCCAGACAUCUGCGCUGUCGUGGAGGUCACCACGGAGAACGAGGAGUCAGCAGUCAGCUCCACUCAGAUCCCUUACAACUUCCAGGUCUCCCCUGUGUCGUGCUGCGCCGAGAGCGACGCUGAGAGCACACACAGUGAGGAAGACUUGGAGCCUCAGGACUUGUCCGUCGGUUCGAGACAAUCUUGCUCCUCCGUGCUCAGGAUAGCGCCCAGCCUUCUGGAUAAAUCGAGCUCGUUCAUCUCGGAAAAGACGAACUUUUGGGUGACGAGCUGCCGAGAGGAUUCGCCCAUGAUCAGCUACGACGUGGAGCCCUGGCGCCCGUUCCUCCCUGCCCUGACCUUCGACCUCAGCACCAGCUCCACGUCUCGAGCCAGUGUUAUCAUGAAAGCCGUGGACCUUUCCUCCAAAAAGACGUAGAACGGGGAUUCGCUGCUAAACAGCCGCUCUGCUGCACAGAUUUCAUUUUUCCUCCGCCUGCAUCCGUGGAGAGGUGCAGUGAACCGGGUGUUGUUGUUUUUUUUUUUUCUUUUCCCUGGUGCUACGUUCAAUCCCUGGGAGCGUGUAAGGUGUACCUUUAUCUGAAUGUAAGGCCAUGCAAAGCUAAAAGCUCGUCGAGUCGUUGACCCACAACAGAUAUGUUUAUUUAGCAAUAAAAUUAAAACUGUAGCUACCGAGUUAACAUUAGCUAGCUAGUAUCAUUUCGGAGCGAUAUAUUUUUAUCCUAAAAUAUUUACGUGGGUCAGGAAACUCGGUGAUCCUGAACAAGUUCACGCACCGUCUCGGGUAGCUAAGUACCGGUUUUAUAGCCCUGUCAGGAUUAGAACGUUUUAGCUGACCGUUAAUAAUAAAUAAUAAUAACAAGUAACAGCUGUUAAAUUUUUUUUCCAAAUUUAAUGAAAUAAAAAUAUUGCAGCUUGACGUUCAUCUCUCCUGAUGAUAAAUUGAGAUGUCCAAUAUAACUGAUUAUCGAAACAUGCCUAUUCAACACUAAAGUGCUUUUUUUUUUUUUUUAGAUGUUAAUGUAGGAAACCUAGCUAAGAAGAUUUUUUCCUUUUUUUUUCUUUCUUUCUUUUUUUUUUUUUUUUUUUUUAGCAGGAUCAAGCUGUUUAAUUUUGCAUGGCCUAAACCAAAGACAUACCUCAACUAACCAGUACAUUGUUUAAAAAAAAAAAAAAAAAAAAAACAAAUGUGUGGAAUUACCUCAGAGACUGAUUCACGGUUCAUUGCACUCAAAGUAAAGUAUUAAUUACAGGAUCACAGAUCUUACUUUAUGGCACAAGACUUCAUCAAAACUAGCUUCUUUCAUUGUAGCAGUUAGGGAUGCAUCGAUACCGACGCUGGUAUCAGGUUUCGGUCCGAUACUGUGCUGAAUUACUCGUAAUCCGGUACGAAUGUCCAUUACGAGGGGGUCGUACGGUGUGACGUCAUCCUUCUGUAAGUUGUUGCGCUGACGAACAGACGACAGGAAAUUGUGCAAGCUGUGCUGUUUGAAAAUAUCAAGAUGAGGAACUAAGGCAUCUCCCUACAAUACAAGUAACCUGAUAAAACAUCUUAUGGCCUUUAAAAUACAGCAUCCUGAGCUCAUGUUUAAUGACCGUGCGAGCUGAUACUGCUCCGCAUGCGCUCUAUUAAAACUACUCUCUAAACAUCUUAAACAUGAAAAGCACAAGGAGUUCAUCGCUAGCGGCACACGGCAGCAACCAUCAUACACACAGCUGAAUAAAAUGUUCCCUUGAUUGAUCAAUACUAAGUAGUUUACUCAUUCUGCUAUCGGUAUCGACGAGUACAAAAGAAAAUGUACUCUGGAAAAAAAACAAAAAUAACAACAGGUAUCGAUGCAUCCUUAAUAACAAAGUUGUGUUCGCAUUUCUCAGGUAGUGGUAAUGCUAAUCAUACGAAAGCAGAGAUUGUAGAAUCAUAGAAAAGUGGUAUAACAGCUAAACGCAUGCUAAUGCUAAUAGGUGGCCUGGUGUAAAGCAAAGCAGACGGCUUUCACUUUAAACCCAGUGGAGAAAGGACAGACUGGAUUUAAACCCAAACUAAUGAUGAUACAAUAAAACCAGGAGUCUGAGAGAGAUGGAGUAGAUUACGCUACACACAUCUGCGUAACUGGUUCACUUCUGGAUCAAAGUGAACGCUUGGGAAAGGAUGUGUGACGUGACGUGACGUGACGUAACGAUCGUUGAAUCGUCUGUAGACGAUAUUACACAGCUAUGAUAUCCAGUGAUGUCGCUCUGAUUACGCUGUAUUAUUUUACCAAAAACGCUUUUUUGCGUAGGAGCUCAUCAGUUUAACAUCAGCGUUGUGUUAAUGAGUUCUCACGCAAAAAUACACCAAGUCUGUUUCUCCACAAUGAAACAGGACACGAGCAAAUCGACGUGUGAGUCCGGAACGAUUCGCUCAGGUGUUUUCAACUGGCUGAGAUACCACCUGUAAGCCCCGCCCACUCCCCUCCAUCACACACGCUCUCGCCUGCACUCGCGGCGCGCUCUCGCUUUCUGCAAAAGUUUAAAUCAGAAUAAUUUGAGUUCAUUAAUGUGAAAUAAAAUCUAACGGUGUACUGUAUGUUCGACUUAGCUAUCAUUAGACAUGUAUAAUUAGCAUCAGUUAAAUAUAUUUACUACAGAAGCCACUGAGAAAUUUCACCCAAAAUUGAUUUAAAAAAAGAAAAAAAAGACACUUUCAGUGUUUUUUCCUAAAAAAGAUUACACAGAUUAAAAAAGAUUGUCAGAUUUAACACUUUACAAAUAAUAUUAAUGGUAAUGAUGAAUAGAAAGUGAUUAAAUAACACUGUUUCUACUCUCCUUAAACCUGAAAUGGUGUAAAUGCUAGUUUUCCCUUUUUCUUUUGCUCAUUUUCUCCGCACAUGUGAACACUGAGACACGAUUUCAGAUUCCUCAGACGGAUCCAGUGGAUCACGCAUGAGAUCCAACAUGUCUUCAGUUCCCCAAUCACAGCUUUACUUCCUACCUGUAGGGGUGGGUGAUGUGACAAAAUGAUCAUAUCACGAUACUUUUUACAAGAUAUUUUUAUGAUACGUGAUAUAUACAGGUUUGCUGACGUUCAGCAAUACAGUAGAGCUGCAUUUAAAAAAAAAAAAAAAACUAUGAAAAGUUUUUAUAUCUACAAAUUACUCUAAACUGAAACAAAAUUUUAACAUCAACGCAGCUGCGUUACAGAGUUUGUAAUUGCUAUUUUUAAAAAAAAAAACGUUAGUAAAAGAUACAUGCAAUAUCUCAGAAAAGUGUGUUGUGAGAAUCUGUGUUUUAGUAGUUAGCUUUCGAAGCUGUAUAUAGCAACGACAGUUUCUCAUCAGAACAAAAAAAAACACCUAUGAGUGAGAACAGUAGCCGUCGCUACGCGCCCACAUCCUGUAGACAAACUAGACUUGUCAUCUGCUAGCGUGAAUGUGAUCAGGUCUGGGCGAUUAUUAUUUAUCAUGAUUUUUUUACAUGGUUAACAGUGAAGCCUAGCUUGUGAGAUGAGAAAUGCUUUGCACCGGGUCGCCUUUUCAUUCCUACAGUUGCAUUAAGACAAUAGAAAUGCUUAUUACUUUAUAGAGGUUUCAUUUCUAAACACUUGGUGAAGCAGAAGUAUCACUGUGAUCGCUGUAGUUCUGGAGUUCUCAUGUAAUACACAGUUUGGUGUUUUUCCUGCACACGCACUCUUGCUGUUAGCGUGAAUCCGUGUGUUAGCGCCGAGAAACACUAAACUGUAACGCGGAAAUGUUAAGCAGUCAAGGUUUUGAAGCCUUCAGUGAUUUUGACAUAUACAUGAUUUUUAGAUUUGUAUAUUAGGGUUUAUAACUGAGGGGUAUUUUAGAUAUUUUUAAGAUGAAUUUUGCGUGAAUGAUUCAUAAACAAAAAUGAAAAAAAAAAUAAAACAGGUUCAAUAAUCUG